UAUGCUAUAUUCAGCUUAAAAAAAGGCAAAAACAGAAGUCAUUACGACAAAGCAAUACCAUCUUUGAUCUUCAAAGAAAAGCCAUUUGAACAAAAACCAAGAAAAUCAGGGAGUACGUAUUGACUCAAGAAUCAAGAUGAUUCGUUUGAGAGAGAGGCUUAGUUUGUUUAUUAACAACCGAUGGCUGGUGUUUGUGGCCGCAAUGUGGAUACAAUCUUGUGCGGGUAUUGGGUACCUUUUUGGGAGUAUAUCUCCGGUGAUAAAGAGCUCUUUGAACUACAAUCAGAAGCAAAUUGCGAGGUUGGGGGUGGCUAAGGACCUUGGGGACAGUGUUGGCUUCUUGGCUGGUAGUUUGUCUGAGGUCUUGCCUUUAUGGGGUGCUCUUCUUGUUGGUGCUAUCCAGAACUUUGUUGGGUAUGGCUGGGUUUGGCUCGUCGUUACUGGUCGAGUUCCAACUCUGCCAUUGUGGGCGAUGUGCAUUCUUAUAUUCGUGGGAACCAAUGGUGAGACCUACUUAAAUACGGCAGCACUAGUCUCAUGCGUUCAAAACUUCCCCAAAAGCCGGGGUCCUGUGGUGGGAAUACUGAAGGGCUUUGCGGGGUUGGGGGGUGCAAUUCUGACUCAGAUAUAUGCUGUGAUCAAUAGCCCCGAUCAGGCUUCACUCAUAUUCAUGGUUGCAGUGGGGCCAGCGAUGGUGGUUAUUACUUUUAUGUUCAUUAUCAGGCCUGUUGGAGGUCACAGGCAAGUCAGGUCGUCUGAUGGGUUGAGUUUUUCAUUUAUCUAUAGUGUGUGUCUUCUUCUGGCUGCUUAUCUGAUGGGGGUCAUGCUUGUUGAAGAUAGUAUUGAUGUGAGCCACAGUGUGAUCAUAAUUUUCACAGUGAUUUUACUGAUUCUUUUAUUAAUCCCCAUUAUUAUUCCCAUCUGGUUGACUUUUUUCCCCGAGCCAAGAGAUCCAGCAGAAGAGGCACUUUUAGCUGAUCCACAGAAACAAGAACCUGGCAAAUCUGGAAGUGAUGAACAUGAGAUUAUAUUUAGUGAGGUGGAAGAUGAGAAGCCAAGGGAAGUAGACUUGCUUCCAGCUUCAGAGAGGCAAAAAAGAAUUGCACAACUUCAAGCAAAACUAGCCCAAGCAGCUGCAGAAGGAGCAGUGAGGAUCAGGAGGAGAAGGGGGCCUCAUAGAGGGGAAGACUUCACAUUGAUGCAAGCUUUGAUAAAGGCAGAUUUCUGGCUUAUCUUUUUCUCCCUUCUGUUGGGUUCUGGAUCCGGUUUGACCGUGAUUGAUAACUUGGGUCAGAUGAGCCAGUCUUUGGGGUAUGAUAAUACACAUGUAUUUGUUUCCAUGAUCAGCAUUUGGAACUUUCUUGGCCGGGUUGGUGGUGGUUACUUCUCCGAGUUGAUAGUCAGGGACUACGCAUAUCCAAGGCCAGUAGCCAUGGCUGUCGCCCAAUUCAUAAUGGCUAUUGGGCAUUUCUUCUUUGCUAUGGGUUGGCCUGGAGCAAUGUACAUUGGGACUCUCUUGGUUGGGCUUGGUUAUGGGUCUCACUGGGCCAUUGUUCCAGCUACUGCCUCUGAAUUAUUCGGACUAAAGAAGUUCGGAGCUUUAUACAAUUUUCUCACAUUAGCAAACCCUGCAGGUUCACUUAUCUUCUCAGGUAUUAUUGCUAGCAGUAUAUAUGACAGGGAAGCUGAGAAGCAAGCACUACAGCACCAUUCCCAUCUCCAUCAACAAAACUUAAAAGCAAUUUUUUCUGGCAUUCUUAAGUUGGAUGAACCACUCAAGUGUGAAGGUGCUAUAUGCUUCUUCCUUACUUGCAUGAUAAUGUCCGGACUCUGCAUCAUUGCGGUUGUUUUAAGCAUGAUUCUUGUAUACCGGACUAGGAUUGUUUAUACUCACCUCUAUGGAAAAUCUCUUACUUGACCAGUGGGAACAGAAAGAAUUUGGGUUUCUAGAAUUCAAUCACUCAAACCAGAGAUGAUUGUAUACAACGUGAAACUGAUAAGAAUUGCUGUGUUUCCAACCUCUGGAUGACAAAUACAAGCACUUUCCAGAGCACUCAUCUGGAGGGUGAGAACUAGACAUAAUCUAGGUAUUACCGUUUUGUCGUUUCAUAGAUUGGUGUUUCCUCAUGAUUGAGCAAUGUAAUGUUUGCUUUGGACAUUGAGUGCUGCAUAUUUUUUACUCCUAUUGACCUUGAAAUUUGAAAUUUUCUUGGAUUGACUAGGCAUUGUUGAAUCUAGUUAAAUCUUAUGGUUUGUUGGAAUGAAGGUCUGUGAUCAUGGAAGUCAGUUCACUGGACCAGUUUACAAGGGAAUGGUUCUUGUUUAUUCCCAAUUAUUCGUUUUGUU